AUCUCCCAGGAUGCCCCGCGGGCGGGGACACCAUCUCCCAGCGCGCCCCGCGCCGGCUGGCGCCCACCUGCCGCCGCCCCCCGGCUCGGAAUUCUCGGGUCUGUUUCCCGUCGGGGGCUGCGGGCCCCUCUCCGACGGCUUCCUGGCGGCCGCGGCAGCGCGAUGGACAGCCCGGAGGUCACCUUCACGCUGGCCUACCUGGUGUUCGCCGUGUGCUUCGUGUUCACGCCCACCGAGUUCCACUCGGCCGGGCUCACCGUGCAGAACCUGCUGUCGGGCUGGCUGGGCAGCGAGGACGCCGCCUUUGUGCCCUACCACCUGCGCCGCACGUCCGCCACGCUGCUGUGCCACUCGCUGCUGCCGCUCGGCUACUACGUGGGCAUGUGCUUUGCAGCUUCAGAAAAGCAGCUCUACUCCCUCAGCCAGGCCCCGGAGGCCUGGCAGCUCUUCCUCUUGCUGGCAGUGACUCUGCCCACCAUCGCCAGCACGCUGAUCUACUACUGGUCCUGUGAUCAGUGGGCCCACCACCCGCUGGCCCGCACCCUGGCCCUCUACGCCCUCCCGCAGUCAGGCUGGCGGGCUGUGGCCUCCUCAGUCAACACCGAGUUCCGGCGGAUCGAUAAGUUUGCCACGGGGGCACCAGGGGCUCGUGUGAUCGUGACGGACACGUGGGUGAUGAAGGUGACCACGUACCGUGUGCACGCGGCUCGGCAGCAGGACGUGCACCUGACCGUGACAGGGUCACGGCAGCAUGCGCUCUCGGCGGACUCCAGCCUGCCUGUGCAGCUCCUCACCAUCCACGUGGCCAGUGCCAGCCCUGGGGUGCGGGCCUUCGACAUCCGGCUGAACUCCACGGAGUAUGGUGAGUUGUGUGAGAAACUCCGCGCACCCAUCCGCAGUGCGGCCAACGUGGUCAUCCAUCAGAGCCUGGGCGACCUGUUCCUGGAGACAUUUGCUUCCCUGGUGGAGGUCAACCCAACCUACUCGGUCCCUAGCAGCCAGGAGCUGGAGGCAUGCAUUGGUUGCAUGCAGACACGUGCCAGUGUGAAGCUGGUGAAGACCUGCCAAGAGGCAGCUGAGGGCGAGUGCCAGCAGUGCUACUGUCGCCCCAUGUGGUGUCUCACCUGCAUGGGCAAGUGGUUCGCCAGCCGCCAGGACCCACAGCGCCCUGACACCUGGCUCGCCAGCCGCGUGCCCUGCCCCACCUGCCGUGCACGCUUCUGCAUCCUGGAUGUGUGUGCCGUGCGCUGAGCCUGCUGGCUGGAGCAAGGGAGUGGCCUUGGGGGUCCCAGCGAGCCCUGCUAGGGACCCCACAGUCACCAUGAGGAGCAGCCAGGGCUCCAGGCCCUCGUUUGUGUUGUCAGCCAGGGGUUCUUUCCCCAGCAUGAUGAAGGACGAGGGUUUUUGUUUAAAAAGGAAGUUUUCUUUAGCAGU